AUCCCUAUUUGAGUCAAAUCUGUCAUAACUUAAGACAUUUCUUCAUUGAAAGAGUUUAAAAAAUAUUUUCUAUUAAUACAUUAAUAAAUUGAAGACGGUAAUAAAAAUCAUGGCUUUAUCCAUGAUUAAAUUAUCUUCCGCCUUAGCAAAUUCAUCCAAGAAUUUGCGAUGUGUAGUCCGACUAGUGAACAUUAACAAUUUCUCCACUACCAACGUUGUAGUGCGUAAGGAAAGAGACACGUUUGGCGAAUUAGAUGUACCAGAUGACAGAUUCUAUGGAGCCCAGACAGUUAGGUCUGUCAUGAACUUCCCCAUCGGUGGCAUUGAAGAGAGGAUGCCGUAUCCGGUGAUCGUGGCGUUUGGCAUCCUGAAAAAAGCUGCCGCCAAAGUGAACGUUGAAUAUGGCCUUGACAAGAAAAUCGCGGAUGCCAUUAUGCAAGCUUGUGACGAUGUGAUCUCUGGCAAGUUGUACAAUGAAGGACACUUUCCGUUGGUGAUUUGGCAGACCGGAUCUGGUACACAAUCAAAUAUGAACACGAAUGAGGUCAUAUCUAACCGUGCUAUCCAAAUCUUAGGCGGCAAGUUGGGUAGCAAAGAUCCAGUUCAUCCGAACGACCACGUGAACAAAUCACAGAGCUCUAACGACACUUAUCCGACUGCUAUGCAUAUAGCGGUCGCUAUGGAAUUGAGAGAUAGACUAAUGCCAGGUCUGGUCGCCCUUAGGGACACUCUAAAUGCUAAGGCUAAGGAUUUCGAGAAGAUCAUCAAGAUUGGCAGAACCCAUCUGAUGGACGCGGUGCCGCUAACGCUCGGCCAGGAGUUCAGCGGCUACAGCGCUCAGCUGACGUACGGCAUCGAGCGCGUUUGCGCUACAUUACCCCGGUUACACUAUCUAGCGCUAGGUGGCACCGCUGUCGGCACCGGACUCAACACUCGCAUCGGAUUCGCUGAGAAGUGCGCCGCUGAAAUCUCCAGUCUUACCGGAAUACCAUUCGAGACUGCGCCUAACAAGUUCGAAGCUCUCGCAUCGCACGACGCAAUGGUGGAAGUGUCUGGUGCACUCAAUACAAUAGCUUGUUCGCUGAUGAAGAUCGCCAACGAUAUCAGGUUCUUAGCAUCAGGUCCCCGAUGCGGUCUCGGUGAACUGAUGUUGCCUGAGAACGAACCAGGAUCCUCAAUAAUGCCGGGUAAGGUGAAUCCGACACAAUGCGAAUCAUUGACUAUGAUCGCCGCUCAGGUGAUGGGCAAUCACGUGGCAUGUACAGUCGGUGGCAGCAACGGACACUUUGAACUGAAUGUAUUCAAACCUAUGAUGGUCGCCAACGUAUUGCGUUCCAUUAGACUUAUAGGCGACGGCUGCCAAGCAUUCAAUAAGAAUUGCGCGGUAGGCAUCAAGGCCAAUAAUGAGAGGAUCGCUAAGAUCAUGCGUGAAUCGCUCAUGCUGGUCACCGCACUCAACCCACACAUCGGUUACGAUAAGGCGGCACUUAUAGCGAAGACAGCGCACAAAGAAGGCGGUAACUUGAAAGAUACCGCUAUCAAACUAGGCAUUCUAACAGCAGAACAAUUUGACCAAUGGGUGCGUCCUGAAGACAUGCUCGGGCCCAAGUAGAUACCUUUCAAUACAAACAACUAGAUUUAUUUGUAAACUUUGCGCCAUAACGCAUUUUAAACGCGACAAUAUUUUGUAAUCGUUAUAAUUUUUGACCUCGCGUUUAUUUACAUAAGGUAUUUUAAUUUACGAUCUCUAAUGCAGUAAAUUAGAACAUUAAUUGCUAUAAGUGAGAUAGGAGGAUAUGAGUUCAAAAUUCACGUUAUAAUUGUACUUAAAAUAUUAUGCUGAUGUAUCAACUUCUAGAGAAUAUUGUAUACCGGAGAGGUCUGUUAUUUUAUUGAAUAUUUUUUAAUGAUUAAAAAUAUUGCAUGAAUGGCAUUCUGUGCCACAAAUGACAAUUCAGUAUCUUCUUUUUCUUUUAAUUGAUGGCGUUGCCCUUGUGCAUUUCGCCAGAAUCCAGUGUUUCGCUCAGUUUGUUUCACAUUUUAGUAAUUUAUAAACUCUGCUUUUUGUAUGUUGGUGGUAAAAGC